AUGGUUCUCCGGAUUCGGUUGGCGCGCUUCGGCAACAAGCAUGAUCCUUUCUACAACAUCGUCAUUGCGCAGGCCCGGUCUGCCCGCGGCGCGAAGCCCCUUGAGGUUAUUGGCACCUACAACCCGAUUCCGAAGAAACCGACGAACCUGUACGAUGAGAAUGCCAGUGCGCGCCCAUACAAGGAGAUCUCGCUCGACCGGGCGCGCGCGAAGUACUGGCUUGGUGUUGGAGCGCAGCCUAGUGACCCAGUGUGGAAGUUGAUGAGCAUGGCCGGUCUUGUUGAGCAGAAGCCCACUACCUUCCACAAGGCAUAG